AUGAGUUGUUUACCAUGUUUCGAUAAACCAGAAGAAGAAAAUGGACAGGACGUCCCUGUUGCUCAAGCAAUCGAUGCCCCAGAUCAAGCAGUUGAAGGAGCAGACCCACCGCCGGAGCUAAAGGCAUUCAAUUUCCGGGAGCUGGCAUCUGCCACUAAGAAUUUCCGGCAAGAAUAUCUUCUAGGCGAAGGUGGAUUCGGAAAAGUCUAUAAGGGCACAUUACAGAGCCAAGUUGUAUUAGUAAAGCAAUUGGAUCGCAAUGGAAUGCAAGGAAACAAGGAAUUCCAAGCGGAGGUAACGGCUAUCAGUCUCCUCCGGCAUAAGAGUUUGGUUGAACUCAUUGGCUUUUGCGCUGAUGGAGAUCAAAGGCUUCUCGUUUACGAAUUCAUGUCUAAAGGACCACUUGAUUCACAUUUACUCGAUGUUCCUGCUGAUAAAGAAGCACUGGAUUGGAGAUCGAGGAUGAAAGUAGCUGAAGGAAUAGCUGCAGGUCUCGAAUACUUACACGAAAAAGCAAAACCUCCGGUUGUGUAUCGCGAAUUGAAAUCAUCAAACGUGUUGUUGGACGAUGAAUACAACGCGAAGUUGUUCGAUUAUGGCUUGUCUAACAUCGGUGGCCAAAGUGAAGGUGGCAAAAUGCACUUAGCUCCAAGAGUAACCGGUACUUAUGGAUAUAGCGCACCUGAAUAUGAACGAUCUGGUGAAUUGACUUUGAAAUCGGAUAUUUAUAGUUUUGGAGUUGUUUUACUAGAACUCGUCACUGGCAGACGAGCUAUCGACACUUCCCUCCCCACCAAUGACCAAAAUCUUGUUGCAUGGGCUCAACCAUAUUUUAAGAACCCUAAGAAAUUCCCGGAGAUAGCGGAUCCCAAUCUUAAAAACAAAUACCCAGUGACGGACCUGAAUCAAGUGGUGGGAGUGACAGCCAUGUGCCUUCAAGAGGAGCCUUGUGUCCGUCCUUUGAUUAGUGACGUCGUGGUGGCCCUUAGUUGUCUAAAAUUGGUCGGCGAAAACCUUGAUCCGCCUGUAGCAGCUGUUCCAGCCCCCACUCCGAGUAAUGACAACGCAGGCCAAUCUUCGAGUAAUGGCCAUCAAGAAGAGGACAAAAACGACGAAGAAAGUGACAGCGACGAAGAGGAAGAGGAGGAGGAAGAGGAGGAUAGUUCGGAUGAUUCGGAUUCGUCCGAGAGUGAUGAGGAUGAAUUAAGAGAAGAACCGGGGGCAAUAUCUAAGAAACAUGCAAAGAGCAAUAGAAGAAAUUCAAAGAGAACAACUAGUACUUCAUCGAGCCAUGGAAGUGACACAAUUGAGUAUGAUUUCCAAGGUGGAAAUUCUUUGAAGAUAAGUCGUCCAGCUUCUAAAAAAGUUAAGAAAGGUGGUGGAAAGACUAAAGAAAGUGAAAAUGCUGAGGUACGUAGAAUUAAAAGUACUAUGGUGAAUAUCAAGCCCGGGAAAGAAAGCAAAGAUAAUGAAUGGCAAGCAAAGAGUUUUAAGUAAAUUAAAUUCCCAUUU